AUGACUCUCGAGGACUUUGAGAAAUCCCUUGUGGAGGAACGGGAUCGGGAGAAGCGUCACGAGAGGAGUGACAGAGAUAAACGCCGCCAUCGCGACGAUCGGGAUCGAGAUCGAGACCAAGACCGUGAACGCAGCAGGGAGCGCCGGCAUCGACACCAUCACUCUCGCCGUCGCCAUUCACGAUCCCGGGAGAGAGGCUCCGACAAGAAUGGCGAGUCUCGUCGAAGGGAUGAUAGCAGGCAUCGACAUAAACGAUCGCGUCACUCGGACCGCGCUGAUGAUCGGGAUCAUACGCACAAGCGCCAAGAUCGAAGAGAAAGUAAGCAAGAAGGAGAGUCGUCAGCUUCAGUGAUGGAGGUAGUCCAGGAAGAACCAGCUCGAUUGAAAAGAGAUGCGUGGAUGGAGGCACCAUCUGCGUUAGAUGUUGACUAUGUUCAUCGACGCGACACAACACGUCUGGAGGAAGAACCGAAACCUCGAAUGCUUCAGGCCGACUUUGAACUCAAAAUCCACAGCAGAGAAUUAAAUAUUCAUUUACGGGAUCUGAAAGAUGGCAAAGCGCUGGAGGAGAUUGAGCAAGAGCCAGCAGAACAUGAGGUCGAUUACACUUUUGGUGACGCCGGUUCUAAUUGGAGAAUGACCAAAUUGAAAGGGGUCUACAGAGAAGCUGAGGAAAACGGACGAUCUGUGGAGGACGUCGCCAUGGAGCGCUUUGGGGAUCUGCGCUCCUUUGAUGAUGCUCGUGAAGAAGAAGCCGAACUGGACCGCCGCGAAAGGUACGGUGAUGGCUAUGUAGGCAAGGAAAAACCUUCCGGGGAAUUUUUCCAGGAGAGAAAACAGAAAGAAAACGUGCACCAUAACCCGCACGAGCACCUUCGAAACCCCGAAAAGGAAUUCGACGCGAUUGGACAAGGCAAACCGAUGGUAACCCAGACAUCUGCGCAAACUACUCAACAUCUUGACUUGACAGCCCUUAACCGACUCAAGGCUCAAAUGAUGAAAGCAAAACUCAAAGGCACCCCUGAUGCAGCGGAACUCGAACAGCGCUAUAAUGCUGCUGCUGCUGCGAUGGCAGACCAGAAAGAAUCCGACGUGGUCGUGCUCGGAGUUAUGGAAAACCGAAUGCUGGCUGGAAAGCGAAACGAGACCAAGGCGGUUGCGACAAGGCGUGGUUUAGAACGAGGAAAGGUGGAGGAGAAUGAGGACAUGACAAUUGAGGAUAUGGUUCAAGAGGAGCGAAGGACUCGGGGCCAGUUUGGUGGAGAGGGCCGGCGCCUCGCAGAGAGGAUAGCAAAAGAUUCCAAAUUCGAGAAUGAUUUGGAAUACAUGGAUGACAAUGCAACGAAACUGGCUCGUCGGGUCCACAAAUCCGAGAUUGACAUUAAGAACACUACCAUCAACGAACUGCAAAAGAUGAAUCGAAUCCUAGAUAACUGUCCUCUCUGCCACCAGGAGGAUACUAACACCCCUCCGGUCGCCCCGGUAGUAUCCCUAGCGACGCGAGUCUACCUAACACUCCCUACAGAACCGGAAAUCAGCUCGGGGAGCGCCACCAUUGUGCCAAUCCAGCAUCGGAACAACCUUCUUGAGUGUGACGAUGACGAAUGGGAGGAGAUCCGGAACUUCAUGAAGAGUCUAACUCGCAUGUACCAUGACCAAGGUCGCGAUGUCAUUUUCUACGAGAACGCCGCGCAGCCCCACCGCAAGCGACACGCCAGCAUGGAGGCGGUUCCUCUACCCUACAGCCUUGGAGAGACAUCCCCUGCAUUCUUCAAAGAAGCUAUCCUUUCUUCAGAUGCAGAGUGGACACAACACCGCAAGUUGAUCGACACAUUGGCGAAAGCCAAGCAAGGUAUGGGUCGGAAUGCUUUCCGGCGCACCCUGGCAAAAGAAAUGCCCUAUUUCCACGUGUGGUUUGAGCUUGACGGGGGGCUGGGGCAUAUUGUGGAGGAUGAGAACCGGUGGCCUCGAGGCGACCUCUUUGCACGAGAGGUCAUUGGAGGAAUGCUGGACGUGGCUCCAGGCGUUAUCAAGCGGCAGGGACGCUGGACUCGAGGAGGAGACCGACGGGUUGGCGGCUUCCAAAAUCGAUGGAGAAAGUUCGACUGGACUAGGAUUCUUGUAGAGGAAUGA